CUCUUUCUUCUCUAGCGACUUGUAAGAGGCAGUACUAAUAAAUUCUUAAAUCGGAGAUAACCUUUUUUGGUUCAAAGUUGUCUACAAUACAAAACAUCAUUCUUGUUCUCUGCUCUAGUCGGCAAAAGCAAAAGCUUAAAUAGAAACAGGAAUCAAAUAGGUAAAGAAAGAGCAGAAGAAGGGAUGGCGUCAUCAUCGUAUAUAAGUAUGGGAGAAGCACACAGAAGACUAACAGACUUCCUUAACCGCUUCGCCGACGCCGUUUCAUCUCAAGAUGCCAAGUCUCUCUCCCUUAUCUUCUCUAUCUCUUCUAACCCACCUUUUCUCCUCUCUGUAUCCCAUGCCCUCCUCACUUUCCAGGAUGCUAGCAGAUUAAUCAGACAAGCUGAUAGAUACUCUCAGUAUGCAGAGAUACUACUCCCUCUAUUUCGUGCUUUACAAAGUUAUCGACUCAAAAACUUGGUUGAAUCAUACCAGGCUUUUGAAAAAGCUGCCAAUGCAUUUACUCAAGAGUUCCGCAACUGGGAAUCAGCUUGGGCUCUGGAAGCCCUUUAUGUCAUUGCCUAUGAAACUAGAAUUCUAGCUGAAAGGGCAGAUAGAGAGUUGGCUUCUAAUGGAAAAACACCUGAAAAGCUGAAAGGUGCUGGCUCAUUUCUCAUGAAAGUGUUUGGAGUCCUCGCUGGAAAAGGAUCAAAACGUGUUGGAGCUUUAUAUGUGACUUGCCAGCUUUUCAAAAUAUAUUUCAAGCUCGGAACAGUUCACUUGUGUAAAAGUGUUACAAGAAGCAUUGAAACUGCUCGCAUUUUCGAUUUCGAGGAGUUUCCUCUUAGGGAUAAAGUUACUUACAUGUAUUAUACUGGACGGUUGGAGGUGUACAAUGAAAACUUUUCUGCUGCUGAUCAUAAGCUAUCAUACGCUCUAAGCCAUUGCAACCCUCGGAAAGAAAGAAAUAUGAGAAUGAUACUAAAAUAUCUGAUACCUGUGAAGCUCUCAAUAGGCAUCUUGCCUAAAACUUCGCUUUUGGAGAAGUACAAUUUGACUGAGUACAACAACAUUGUUCUCGCUCUUAGAAGGGGGGAUCUACGACUUCUUCGACGUGCUCUCCAGGAACAUGAAGACCAGUUCUUAAGGUCUGGCGUUUAUCUUGUUCUGGAGAAGCUAGAGCUCCAAGUUUACCAGAGGUUACUAAAGAAGAUCUAUAUUAUCCAGAAGCAGAAAGAUCAGAAUAAAGCCCACCAAAUCAAGUUAGACUUGAUUGUUAGAGCUCUAAAAUGGCUUGAAAUUGAUAUGGAUGUUGAUGAGGUGGAGUGCAUCAUGUCCAUUUUGAUAUAUAAGAACCUUGUCAAAGGUUACUUUGCUCACAAAAGCAAAGUUGUAGUUUUAAGCAAGCAAGACCCUUUCCCUAGAUUGACAGGCAAAGCAGUCAACCCAUAACAAUGAGGCUGUGCCACAGUACCUAUACAAGUACAACUAUGUUCGAAAUGGACUGGCAGAUAACCAAUCCGGGCAAUGACGCUGUAGCUGGCUCCCCUUGGUUAUAUCAGGAUGUCGCUUGAUGCCGUGACAUAAGUUUGACGAUGGCGGGGACUGCUUCUACCUGAUUGGCAAACUGGAUGCAACACAAUUUUACAGUUUAUUUAUUUUGUUAAAAAUGUUCAAUGGUGGCUGUAGAAUUGAUUUAAGACAAUCUGGACAUUGCUUAUUAUACUUCACGUGCCAGAAUGAGUGGAUACUGUGCGGCAAGACAACAGCUUCAACUAACAAUCAUUUUUGUUGAUCUAUAUAGCGUAGGGUGAGCUUGUCUACUAGGUGUCCAAACCCAUGAUUUUGCAAUAAUAAAUGCUCAUAUGGUUUCCCAUAAAUAAA